AUGUCUGGCGAAGCUCCUCCACAAUUACGCCACAACAGUGAAUUCUACCUCGACUGGAUCACCUUUCAGGUCGAAGACGAACUAUUCAAAAUUCCUAUCCGAUGCAUCACUUUCGAUACCGAACCAUUCAAAACACUUGCCUCUCGUUCCUUGCCCUCAGGCGAUGGUCCUGUAGAAGGGAUGAGCGAUGAAUCUCCGAUUGCAUUAUCCGAUACUUCCAAGGUAGAUUUUCAACGAUUACUUGAAGUGUUGUGUCCUCUGUUUACCGGCGUUCUCGCGUACAGAAGCUUCAAACCCAAGCCUAUCACGUCUGUGGAGAUUUGGCACUCGGUGUUGAAGCUAUCGACAAAGUGGAGACUCUUGGAUGUUCGAAGUUACGCCAUCGAGACGAUGAACCAAUUAGGCCUUUCCCAUCAGAAUAUGCUUCGGUAUGGGCGCGACUACAAAGUCAGCAACUGGGUGAUCAAAGGGUGCCUAGGUUUCGCGAUACAAGAAGCUCCGUUAUCCGAAUGCGAUGCCAAAGAUAUCAUGCAGGGUUUGAGUCUAGAUGAGGGCGUGCGCCAACUCAUGCGAGUUGUGGGUUUGCACGAGAAAAACAAGCUUUCCAAUACAAGGGGUUGGAAUUGUCCAGUCUGUGUAUUCGGCGAAGUGCGGUGCAUGAACUGUUCCCGCUAUUCUUCGCGAAACUCCCCUGUCAAAACGGUGGUCGAUGAGGGGACGGUCCGUAUGAACUUCAAAGUCGAGGUCGCUGAAAUAGUGGCGGACGAGAAAUGUUUUAAUCGCGAGUAG